ACUGAGCAUGCCCAGUUGCAGAGCCGACCGGAGGAGUUUUUUUCUUUUCUUUUCUUUUUUUUUUUUUUUUGGGUCUCAAGUAGGAGGCCUCCCCCCGACCCCCACCCCAGCCCCCGCCACCCCCGGCCUAAGCAGCUACCAUGGCCGAGUUACUCGGCGCGGCGUUGUCCCAGGCGGGUUGGUAUCUUUCAGAUGAAGGCAUUGAAGCUUGCACAAGUUCUCCUGACAAAGUCAAUGUAAAUGACAUCAUCCUGAUUGCUCUCAAUACAGAUCUGAGAACAAUUGGCAAGAAAUUCCUCCCCAGUGACAUCAAUGGUGGAAAGGUAGAAAAGCUUGAAGGUCCAUGUGUUUUGCAAAUUCAAAAAAUUCGCAAUGUUGCUGCACCAAAGGAUAACGAAGAAUCUCAGGCUGCGCCAAGGAUGCUGCGAUUGCAGAUGACUGAUGGUCACAUAAGUUGCACAGCAGUAGAAUUUAGUUAUAUGUCAAAAAUAAGCCUGAACACACCACCUGGAACUAAGGUUAAGCUCUCAGGCAUUGUUGACAUAAAAAACGGAUUCCUACUUUUGAAUGACUCUAAUACCACAGUCCUUGGUGGUGAAGUGGAGCACCUUAUUGAGAAAUGGGAAUUACAGAGAAGCUUAUCAAAACACAAUAGAAGCAAUAUUGGAACUGAAGGUGGACCACCUCCUUUUGUGCCUUUUGGACAGAAGUGUGUAUCUCAUGUCCAAGUGGAUAGCAGAGAACUUGAUCGAAGAAAGACAUUGCAAGUUACAAUGCCUGUCAAACCUACAAAUGAUAAUGAUGAAUUUGAAAAACAAAGAACUGCUGCUAUUGCAGAAGUUGCAAAGAGCAAAGAAACCAAGACAUUUGGAGGAGGUGGUGGUGGUGCUAGAAGUAAUCUAAACAUGAGUGCUGCUGGAAAUCGAAAUAGGGAAGUUUUACCAAAAGAAAAGUCAACCAAAUCAGAGGGGAAACAUGAAGGUGUUUAUAGAGAACUGGUUGAUGAGAAGGCUCUGAAGCACAUAACAGAAAUGGGCUUCAGUAAGGAAGCAUCGAGGCAAGCUCUUAUGGAUAAUGGCAACAACUUAGAAGCAGCAUUAAAUGUACUUCUUAACAGCAAUAAACAGAAACCUGUUAUGGGUCCACCUCUGAGAGGUAGAGGAAAAGGCAGGGGGCGAGUAAGAUCUGAAGACGAAGAGGACCUGGGAAAUGCAAGGCCAUCAGCACCAAGCACACUAUUUGAUUUCUUGGAAUCUAAAAUGGGAAAUUUGAGUGUGGAAGAACCUAAGUCACAGCCACAGCAGCUUCAUCAGGGACAACAUAGAUUGUCAAAUACUGAUCAAAAUGGAGUAAAAGAAAAUAAUCAACCAAGACAUCUUCCUAGAAAUGAUAGCAGGCAGCCAAGAAAUGAAAAACCUCCUCGUUUUCAAAGAGACUCCCAACAUUCAAAGUCAAUUUUAGAGGGCAGCGGAUUACCUAGAAAUAGAGGUUCUGAGAGACUGAAUACUUGUUCAGGAUCUGAUGUAUGGGCUGAAGAGAGAGUCAAGUGUGAUAGACCAUAUUCUAGAUAUGACCGAACUAAAGAUACUUCUUACCCAUUAGGUUCUCAGCACAAUGAUGGUGCUUUUAGAAAAAGAGAUAACUCUAUGCAAAGCAGAUCAGGAAAAGGUCCAUCCUAUGCAGAGGCAAAAGAAAAUCCACUUCCUCAAGAAUCCAUAGAUUAUAAUAAUCAAAAACGUGGAAAAAGAGAAAACCAAACAGCUAAUCCUGAGCAUUUUUAUGAUAGGAAAUCACGAACAUUAAGUAAUGAAGCUUUCAGUGGUAUAAAAAUUGAAAAACAUUUUAAUGUAAAUACCAAUUGCCUGAAUCCCGUUCGAAGUAAUAGCUUCAUUGGUGUUCCAAAUGGAGAGACAGAAAUGCCUCUGAGAGGAAAACGAGUAGGACCUAUUAAGCCAGCAGGACCCCUCACAGCUAUACCCUAUGAUGAUAAAAUAUUUUACAAUAGUGGGCCCAAAAGAAGAUCUGGGCCAAUUAAGCCAGAAAAAGUACUAGAAUCAUCUAUUCCUAUGGAGUAUGCAAAAAUGUGGAAGCCUGGAGAUGAAUGUUUUGCACUUUAUUGGGAAGACAACAAGUUUUACCGGGCAGAAGUUGAAGCCCUCCAUUCUUCGGGUAUGACGGCAGUUGUUAAAUUCAUUGAUUAUGGAAACUAUGAAGAGGUGCUACUAAGCAAUAUCAAGCCCAUUCAAACAGAGGCAUGGGAGGAAGAAGGCACCUACGAUCAAACUCUGGAGUUCCGCAGAGGAGGUGAUGGCCAGCCAAGACGAUCCACUCGGCCAACCCAGCAGUUUUACCAACCCCCCCGGGCUCGAAACUAGUAUGAAAAGAAUCUUUGUGAAGAAAGGAACUGUUGACUGAAAUAUCCUGGUCAAAACCUGUUGAUAGACUUCCUACUCUCCCUUCAGAAUAAGAAGCAGCCACAGUGGCUAUUAGUAUAUGAAGAAAGAAAAAGAAGAUUUUAGGGUGGAAAAAAGGUUCAACCCACACAAAGAAUGGAAAAAAUACUGAAUUAAAUAAAGCAAACACCUUUUGCAAAUGAAAGGAAGAAUUUUUUUCUUCUGCCAUAAAUAAAACCAUUGUGCUAUUAUAUA